UUUUUGUGUGUGUAUACUGUAUGUGCUUAUUUGUAAACUGGAAAACAGACAUUCUUCUGUUGGACUGAGAGGAAAUCGUUUUUGGCUAACUCCGCAGAUUAAUUUAUAGAUUCAAGAUUUUAACAAUCUACAAAAAGGAACUUUGACACCUGUUAUUAAGGACAGUGGGUUUGUUUUUUUAAUCAAAGUAGAACACUGACAAUGCAAGUGACGGACAUUCUGAGUAAGUGUGUGGGAAUAAUUGGUUUGGAGUAAAACGAUUAAAAAAAAACAACAAAAAAAAAAAAAAAAAAAAAAAAAAAAAAAACCCUUAUUCCAAAAACGGCAUUGAGCAACCAAACUGAAACGCACACUAUCCAGGAGGAGAGAAUCCGCAAGAAAAGACGUUUCUUUUUUUUAAAUGUUUUUAAAUAUUCAGAACCGUUCCAACAGGUGCAGCAUAUGUGCGCUACCCGGGACCAUCACGACCCUAAUAAUCGCAAUUUCACGGUGAUUUUAUACCUCUUAACCCGAGACACACAACAAGGCGAAUAGAAUUUGUCACAGAAAUUCAACAUUAAAAGCACACACACAUACACACACUUCACUGUGACUCUUCUACGACAGAACCGUUGACAGCUGUUCUCUGGAUCAAUAACCGCUGCAGUCAAUAUGCAGAAAAACACGUUUACGUUAAGAUCUUUGGUUCAGGCGGGGAUGGACCUCAGGCUGACCCAAGGACAGUUCACCAUGACGGGGAGCCACUUGCUACUGGCAAUCGCUCUCAUCUCCUGCACUUCCCAGCUCUUCGUGGAUGCAAACUCGUGGUGGUCUUUAGCAAUGAAUCCCAUUCAGAGACCCGAGAUGUACAUCAUAGGAGCGCAGCCUCUGUGCAGUCAGCUCGCGGGACUGUCGCAGGGCCAGCGGAAGCUAUGCCAGCUCUACCAGGAUCACAUGGUGUACAUCGGCGAAGGGGCCAAGACGGGCAUCAAGGAGUGUCAGUUUCAAUUCAGGCAGAGGAGGUGGAACUGCAGCACCGUGGACAACACCUCGGUCUUUGGACGGGUCAUGCAAAUAAGCAGCAGAGAAACAGCCUUCACCUACGCAGUGAGUGCGGCGGGCGUGGUGAACGCCAUCAGCAGGGCCUGCAGGGAGGGGGAGUUGUCCACCUGUGGUUGCAGCCGGGCUGCUCGCCCCAAGGACCUCCCCCGGGACUGGCUGUGGGGGGGAUGUGGUGACAACGUGGACUACGGGUACCGCUUCGCCAAGGAGUUCGUGGACGCCCGCGAGAGGGAGAAGAAUUACCCCAAGGGCUCGGAGGAGCAUGCACGCACCCUCAUGAACCUGCAGAACAACGAGGCUGGAAGACAGGCGGUGUACAACAUGGCGAAUGUGGCUUGCAAGUGCCAUGGCGUAUCGGGCUCCUGCAGCCUCAAGACCUGCUGGCUCCAGCUGGCCGACUUCCGCAAAGUGGGUGAAUUCCUCAAGGAGAAGUACGACAGCGCGGCUGCCAUGAGGAUCAACCGCAAAGGCAAGCUGGAGCUGGUGAACCAGCGCUUCAACCCACCCACCCCCGAGGACCUGGCAUACAUGGAUCAGAGCCCAGACUACUGCCUCCGCAACGAGAGCACCGGCUCGCUCGGCACCGAGGGCCGUCUCUGCAACAAGACCUCCGAGGGGAUGGACGGCUGCGAGCUCAUGUGCUGUGGCCGGGGCUAUGACCAGUUCAAAACCUACCAGUAUGAGCGCUGCCACUGCAAGUUCCACUGGUGCUGCUACGUCAAGUGCAAGCGCUGCACGCAGAUUGUGGAUCAGUUUGUCUGUAAAUAGAACCCAGAGAUUGAGGAAACCAAGAAAUAAAAAACACACUCACCAUAAAAAAAGAUUUAAUAAAUAAAUAGAAGAUAAUAAUUUAAUAAGAAAAAAAACUACUUAUUUUUGUAUACAACGUAAAACCCCACAAAACAUCCCCUCUAUCCAGGAUGCAAUGCUCUCCAUAAACCAGCUUACUGGCCCGACUGAAAUAUCCAAUAUGGGCUAUAGGCGGAAACUGAUUUCUCACCACAGAAGCCUACCCUUGCAUUAAAUCAAGUUUUGAAUCCAGUAUACUGGAUGGGUGCGUUUGAUCAAAUCCCCAGAAGCCAAACACAAAUCAGUAAUACCGACUUAUUGAGGAAUAUGGCUUUGGUAUAAGCCCCAUCACGCCCACAAAGUCUCAAGUUUGGAAUACCCCAUAGCUGGCUGUGUGACUCGUCUUCCUUGGCUCGCUUCCCUUCCAAGCUCUUUCCGGUUGCCCCUCGCUGUUCACCCUGGAAAGAACAUGUGGUGUCUGAAAUCACUUCAAUUUAGAAUUAGUUUUUAUUUCACUCGAACAGAGAAUAGCAUCCUCAGUCGAAACAUAAGGCCCCCUCUUGUGCAGGGCCUGGCUGGCUGAACUUGUGCCUCAAAAUGUGCUCAGUGAAGAUUGAACUGAAAGAUGUGGAUAUGAUUACACUGUUGGAAAACACUCUCACAAGAAAGGAUGGCCAUCAUAAAACAAACUGUGCCAGACCCCAAACGUUUAUGUAGCAAACCUGAGGACAUAAAGUUAUUGUGGAGGUUGAAUUAUGCAUGCUGUAACUGUAAUGAGAAUAUGGUUGGACUACAAGUUCUUGAAGCAUUUUAAAGAAAGAGCACUACAGAAAGAUGCAAUAAUAUUACAGACCAUGCUCUAUAUGUGGUGCUGUCUGUUUUACAGUUUACCAGAACCUACAACUUUUGCUCAAUUGAAUUACUGUGUUCAUAUUUGUUGUGACUUAUAAAACAAACAGUCAUAUCAAAGAAAAACACAAAAAAAACCCCCAAAACAGUCCAUAAUCUUGAUGUUUCUUCCUUUCCCUCAUCAGCAAAAGUUCCAGGUGAAAGGAAGUGACUGUAGUUUUCUUGGGCACAGGAGGUCGGAAUGCAUACAAAAUUAAUGUUUUGUAGAGAACUGUUUUUUUCACCCAGAAAUACAGAGAAGGUUGGGAAUGUGGCUAUUAAAAUAGGAAGCCUAACCAUGUUGUAACCAACGUAGUUAUCAAUUAUGAGGCCGAAAGUAAAAUGGGUCCCCUGGGACAGUGACGUUACCAUAGCAAUUAAACAAAGCCCAUGAUCCCCCUUACCUGCCAGUCAGAGAGGGGACUAGAGACACAGAUGGGAGUUUACAGCAGUCUUUUGUAAGAGGCUAGGCCUCAAGAAGGUGUAAAGGAAUGCUUGAGCAAAUUUUGGUCUCGUUGUGAGGGUGUAAAACAGUGGGUAAAUCUGCAACCAAAGGGCCAUUCCACUCUAUUCUAGUGUAGUCCAGUUUUUGUUCCAGUCAGAACCCAAAUAUAUACAUGUAUAUGUAUAGCCCAUAUGAUUCCUAAUGUGCAUUGGACAUGUAUCGCAGACUAUGUAACACCUGUGUGUCUGUGAAUGCUGUGGAAAGACUGACAGAAUAUUUCUGGGGCCGGCUGGAAUGGGUGAUUGACAUCGUGUUCAGCCAGCCAUACGUCCUGCAGGAAGGAAGGGUUCUUGAGGCAGUACAGCACUUCUGUUCCAGUUCCAAUGAUCUGAAACCUGGAUACAGAUGAAUGGCAUGUCUCACAAUAGCAGGGCACCAGUGUAGCAAGUUCACCAGUGUAGAGAAUGUCACUGAGGUAACUCAUCCAUCUUAGAUUCCAUACUGCCUCUAUAGGUGGAUUUAACACAGUGCAAGAAAGACAUACAGUAGGAAAGAGCAAACAGACUCUCCUUUACAAGGCAUGCAAGCAGCAGAACCUCCCAGAACUAUUAAAAAUAAUUAAGUACUGCUUUAUUAAUGGCUUUUAUAUCAUAUAUGUAUUAUUCUUUUUCUUCUUGUUUUUUUUAACAUUUUUUUUUUUUUGGUUUUAAACCAGAUA